AUGGCAACGCCAACAACGACAACGCUAUUCCACACCACGGACUACAGAGGCGCAACAAUAGAAGACCUCAACAUCCCACAAGCCAUAUCCGUGAACCCCACCACUCCAACUAGCGACGCCCUCGCCAUCGGCUUUGAGAAUGAGUUCACCUUCUUACCAGUAAUCCACGAGGUCAACAAGAGACUUCUCGGAGUAAUUGACCUCGGGGCGAACGGUGCCAAGGUGCUGGGUGUGGUGUUGGACCAUAUGAUGUGGUUCAACCAGGGCGCGAAGCGCAAGUAUCUAAGCGAUCAACUUCGCGAACAGCAAGAUGCGGGGUCGACCAAGGGCACCACGGGCACGAAUCAGAGGACGAGUGCCACGACCAAGAUCUUGAAGCCGCGCGGAAAGAGGUAUAGUGUGUUGACGCCGUUGAGUCCGCUUGAGGACCUAGCGGGGUUUUUCAACCGGGGCAACUAUUUCGCUAUCGUUACUAAUGAUGCUGGCUUGGGCAAUUUUGUCUAUGGGGUUGUUACGCCGGAGGAUUUGAUGAAGUAUGAACAGAGUAGACCCAAGCUUUGA